AUGUCUGCAAUUCUGUUGGGACGCAUUUGUCGUACCUGUCUACUGGAAUCGUCUACAAUGCACAAGCUAUUGGAGCAGGGCGGUGAGCAACAGCUACCCAUAGAGGAGAUGCUGCACAAAACCAUACCAAAUUUCGAAUUACCUGUGGAAGACCUGGACGUCUGUUUGCCUGUGGAAAUCUGUGAGGAGUGUUUGGAAAAAUUGACAAUAGCCUACGAUUUCCAGCAGAUGUGUUUUGCCAGCAACGAGAAAUUGCAAAAUCUCAUUCAGGAACAACAGCACCAUGAUGAGCUGGAAGAUGUAAUAAUGGUUGCACAAGGAGAUGCGGCAAGUGACAAGGAAGAUCAUUUGGAUUUGAGUGGGAAGGAGUCACUAAAACUAGAGCCAGAAGAUGAGUUUGUACAAAAUGCCUUGGAGCGAUUGGUUGCGGCACACAAGGAGGGCGAGGAAGAAAUCCACAGUAUGGAUUUGCUUGAUAAUGGUGAGGAGGAAAAGAAUGCCGAAAUUAAAUUGGAACUUGAGGCAAUGGCAAAUCGUACCAGAGAGGAUUUUGAAGAUUUUCAUAAUGUUGGCGAGGAUGAGGACGACGAUGAUGAAGAAUUUUUCCCUCAAAAUGAUCAUGAUAACGAUACAGACAACAGUGUAAAUGAGGAAGAGGAAGAACAACAACAACAGCAACCCAAGGAAAACCAAAAGACAAGAAGAUACAAAAAACGACGUUCCUCGUGUAACGAAGCCAACGAUAAAGUGUGUCCCCACUGUAACAAGGUUUUCCAGAAACGUAACCUUUUAACACGGCACAUGUCAGUCCACAAUGAGGACUAUGAGUUUGUGUGUGACACCUGUCAAUAUCGUUUUCCCACGGCGAAGCUACUCAAGGUCCACAUAUCAUAUAAACAUAAUCGUGGGGUGACAUUAAGUUUAUCCGGUGGACCCUAUCCAUGCCCAGAUUGUUCGAUGGUAUUUCAACAGACACGAGCAUUGGCUGCCCAUCGGGUUAUUCACGCGGAGCGAGAUUUCAAAUGUCAAGUAUGUGGUGUAAAUUUGAAAACCCUUUCCGCGGUGACACGUCACAUGAAUCACAAACAUCCCGGAGUGCUGCCCUAUAAAUGUGAGCUAUGCGAUCAGGCCUUUCCUGUGGAAUCUCAUUACAAAGAUCAUCUAAAUAUGCACAAGGGCUAUAAGAAGCAUAAAUGUGAACAGUGUGAUAAGAGUUUCCCCAACAGCACUGCCUUAAAAGAUCACGAAAGAUCCCACACCGGAGAAUGCCCCUAUCUCUGUUCCCAUUGUGGUAAAUCCUUUAAAACCUCAAAUAUUCUACGUCAACAUUUGCAACGGCAUGGCGAGAAAAAUUUCCAAUGUCCCGAAUGUCCAAUGCGUUUCUAUGUCAAGGUUAAUUUACAAAAACACAUGUGUACACAUUCCAAGGAAAAGCCAUUUGUAUGCGACACUUGUGGUUCCUCAUUUACGCGCGGGGAUUCCCUAAAGGCCCACCGUUUUAAGCAUACCGGGGAACGGCCAUUUAAAUGUGAGGAAUGUAAUAUGAGUUUUGUUUUCAAACGCCAUUUAUUGCGCCACAAAGUCACCCAUACCGGUGAAAAGAAACACAUGUGUACCUAUUGUGAUCGAGCCUACGCGGCCAGUGGUGAUUUGGUCAAGCAUUUACGUACCCAUUUGGGUGAGAAAACCUAUUUGUGUGACGAAUGUCCGCAGGCAUUUAAAUAUCAUUUGGACUUGCGAGAUCAUAAAAAUCAACAUUAUAAAGAAAAACAUGGCAUGACGGAUGCCGCAAUGCAUGUGGAAGAAGUUGUGGAAUCCAUUGAACCUGAACAUAAUAGUUAA